AUGAGCAAGCGAAACAUCGCGAAUCCGUCACCUCUCGGACUCUGUGGUUUCGCACUCACGACGUUCUUACUUUCCGCAAUUAACAUGGAGACGAUGGGCGUUACGCACCCGAGUAUUGUUAUCGCGGCCGCCUUUGCGUAUGGCGGUCUCGUGCAGCUUUUGGCUGGGAUGUGGUUAAUGUCGAUUGGGAAUACGUUUGGGGCGACGAGUCUGUCGAGUUUUGGGGGGUUCUGGAUUGCGGUUGCGAUUAUUUUGACGCCGGGGGGUUUUGAGAUCGAGGCUUCGUACGAUUCGUUGGAGUUCCAGCAUGCGUUUUCGCUUUUCUUGUUUGGCUGGUUCAUCUUUACAACUAUCCUUCUGAUGUGCACGUUUUCGUCCUCGGUGGCGCAUUGUUCGAUCUUCUUGACUCUGGAUAUUGCAUUCCUUUGUUUGGCUCUCGGAAGGAGAUACCCGCAUCUCAGUGGUACUGUGUAUGUGCCACAUGAGAAUUUGACUUAUGUUGGAGGUGUUUUUGGGAUGUUGUCUGCGUUUGCGGCGUGGUACAAUGCUUUGGCAGGUAUUGCGGCGAGUAAUCAUACGUUCUUCACUCUUCCUGUUUUGCAAUUCCCGUGGUCUGAGGCUAGCCGAAAGACUCGCCAAAGAGCUUUGGCAGCUAGUAAUGCUAGGAGCCAAGUGUAG